AGGGGUACGGAAAGUGGAAUGGUUGGCUAUGGUGGGUGACUGCGCAAGAACGAGGGUUUGAUAGGGGAGGCGCUGUGGCCGCGGCGCUAGGGUGCGCGUAUUGGGAACGCCGCGAUGGCGAUGGCGUAGCAGCAGCGCAGCAGCAGCGGCGCGGAAUCAUGCUUGUAAGGCGCUAGGGAGAUCUCCUGUGGCCAGAUUCUCCCCCAAUCCAGUGAGCCAUGGAGCGGCGUGUAGGGAACAAAUUCAGGCUUGGCCGCAAGAUUGGGAGCGGCUCAUUCGGCGAGAUUUACCACGGAGUGCACACACAGACGAAUGAGGAGGUUGCUAUCAAAUUGGAAAACGUGAAAACGAAGCACCCACAACUGCUGUAUGAGUCGAAGCUGUACAGGAUUCUACAAGGAGGAACUGGAAUACCCAACAUUAGAUGGUAUGGAGUGGAGGGCGACUUCAACGUUAUGGUGAUUGAAUUGCUCGGCCCCAGUCUCGAAGAUCUCUUCAAUUUUUGUGGCCGCAAGUUUUCUCUCAAGACGGUGCUCAUGUUGGCCGAUCAGCUGGUCAAUCGAGUUGAGUUAGUCCAUGCCAAGAGUUUUAUCCAUAGAGACAUCAAGCCAGAUAACUUCUUGAUGGGCCUUGGCCGAAGAGCAAACCAGGUCUACAUUAUUGACUUCGGGCUGGCCAAAAAAUACCGUGAUCCGACGACUUACCAACACAUCCCGUAUAAGGAAAAUAAGAAUCUGACAGGAACAGCUCGCUAUGCUAGUAUCAACACUCACCUUGGGAUUGAACAAAGUCGAAGGGACGAUUUGGAAUCUCUUGGUUACGUUCUUAUGUAUUUCUUAAGAGGAAGCCUACCUUGGCAAGGGCUGAAGGCAGCUACUAAGAAGCAAAAGUACGAGAAGAUAAGCGAGAAGAAAAUAGCGACGCCAAUUGAGACUCUUUGCAAGGGUUAUCCGCCAGAGUUUGCAUCUUACUUCCACUACUGCCGGUGUCUGCGUUUUGAUGACAAGCCAGACUACUCGUAUCUGAAACGAAUUUUUCGUGACCUUUUUAUCCGCGAAGGAUUCCAAUUCGAUUACGUUUUUGACUGGACACUCUUGAAAUAUCAGCAGUCGCAAAUGCGAGCAUUGCCUAACCUCGGAGGAACAAGUGGCUCCGGUGCUAGUCCAUACGCAGGUAUCUACUUCAUUGGAACGACCUCUCAGCUUGUGGCCCCUAUGUUUGCAGGUGCUCAGGAGCGGAACGACUCAAACGAGGCCGCACGACGCCGGUUGUCUGGGCUUAGCGGUGGUGCUGUAGAAACACCCAAGCAGAGGAGCGACGUAGCGGUUGUGCAGGGAGACUUGGGAGACGUCGACCGCACACACUCGUCCUCUUUCGUUCGAGGCGGGAGCACGUCGAGAAGAGCCGUGGUCACAAGCUCGACCCCAAACCCGAGGCCGAGCGUGCCGGGCGGCGAAGUGGUGGACGGGUCCCGGAUCAUGUCCUCCAACAAGAUGGCCCCGGGCGCUCUCGUCCGGGCGGCCCUGCGGAGCUCCCAGGUCGGCCUCCCGGGGGCGCUGGAGCCCAAGAGAACGCUCGCGAAUCGCACCCCAACAUCUAACACCAAGAACUACGAGGCAGCACUCAAGGGAGUGGAAUGCCUGUCCUUCGAGAUGGAGCACAACAACAGCAGGCAGUAGCAUCGAGUAAGUUUUCCCCCCGCCACCUUGUUUCAUUUCCUCCAUGGCUUUGGCUUUCUCACGCGAGACAAAAGCAAGCUUCCGCCGCCGCUGCUGCUACCGUCGUGAUUCUUUCAUUAACAGGAGUCCAUGCUUACGUACGUAAUGUGACUCGUCUCAUCGGGAAGCUUGAGCUCU